UGAAUUUUGACGUCUGUCAAUGAAACCUGUUUUUUGCGUUGAAUCUUUAAUAAUAGAUAAGAUAUUUUUUAUUUUUAAGUAAAAAUGUCCCAAGUUUAAAUUUUACGAAUGGGCAAUUUUUUGGAAAAUAAUAUUAGCACAAACAUGGUUGACAAAUUUGAUUCUGUAAGGGAUUUUAAAUUUAUGGAUGCUUUUUCAGUCCAAGAAGCCAUUGGUUUGUGUUUUAAUGAUAUUUAUAUACCCGAAGAAAUAUUAUUUAAAAUAUUAAGUUUUCUUGAGCCAAAAUUAUUGCUUAAAUAUUCACAAGUUUGCAAAAAAUGGUGCAAUGUUAUAAAAUCAGAUAUAUUUUGGAAGGACAUGUUUAGAUUAAACUCUGAUGAAAAUCCAGGAAAUUUUCCUUGGUAUGUUUACUAUUGUUAUUUAACUACUAAGAACUUUAAUAACCUAUUAAAAAAUGGAAAUGGGGCAAAGGAAUUCAAACAUUGGAAAAUAAAACAUAAUGGUGGGGAUAAGAUUGAUAUUGAAAAACCACCAAUAGGAUCUAAACCUUUGCCAGAUGAACCUGAAUUUGUUAAAGAUAAAUCAUGUUUUGUUACUUCUUACCAAAAGGGCUCUAAAUAUCAAGAAAUAGAUAUUACCAAUAAACGGUUAUUAAGGUUUAUAAUAAACAAAUUUAAAUUCCCAGUGUAUGUAAGUGAAUGGACAGCUGGCAGAUUUGAUUGUUCCAGUGUUUAUUAUUUGGCUACCAGAUUAGAAAGUGGUGAAGAUGAAAGUGGACUUGUUGGACAUGAAAGUGGAACUAAAGAAGUUCGGCUUAUAGAUAUUGAUAGAGUGGAAUGGAGAAAAGUGGAAUUAAUCUUUACUAAAUAUCCAGAUAAUCUAGUUAAAAUUAUUUUCCAACAUGCAGGAAGAGAUGGUCAAUUUUGGUCAGGGCAUUAUGGAGCCAAAAUGUCUGGAGGUGUAGUAAAAUUUUUACUACAUCCUAAGGAAAUUUAAAUACUUUUAUAUCAUUGACGAUGAUAACUUUUCAAUGAAAUUGAUAAAAAAUACUAAGAGAAUUGGAAAUGUGCAAAAUUUGCACCCAAUAAUGGCAUUGCCAAACCACUCAGUAGAGUAUUUUAUAAUAUUUUGUACAAACAGAAUAAAUGUUAUAUUUUGUAGUAAUUAAAUCGACGUCUUAAAUUCACUUUUCACGCA